UCGAGGGUAUUUUCGACAGAUCUGUUGCGAUUUCGAUUAGUGAUCGCAUCUAUAUCCUGCAUCUUGCUGAUGAGAUGGAUCUUGAAAAUACAGUUUGCGACGUUCUGAAAUGGCAUGCUACAACUGAAGCUUUACAGAAAGAACGUAACUCACUCGUGUCGAAUAACAAAACACUGAAGGCUGAAAUUGCCGAGAUUCUCUCAACAGAAAAAACCGCAAAAUCGGAAAUUGCCACGUUAAGGCAAUCGUCGAAGACAUUGCAGGAAUCUCUAUUGCGCAUGUUCGAUUAUAAAACAGAAUGUGAGAAAUUGAAGGGAGAAAUGAAAGUUCUCCAGAAAACCAAGACAGUGGAAAUGAAACGCUAUCAGGAAAAAAUCGAGGAGAUGAAAGAGGAAAUCGAAAACUUAGGCAGAAAACAAGCAAAAGAGGUAAAAGAAUUGCGUGGGAACAAACAAGCUGCAAUCAUAAAUUUAGAGCUCAGGCUCAACGAAGAGAAUAUGAAAUGGCAGAAUAAAUUAGACGAAGAAACGCGACUAAAGGAGAAGGUCUGUAGGGAGAAAGACGAAGAAAUUGUGAAACAGAAAAUGGAAUUCGAUAACAGAAUUAAACGUUUACAAGAGCAGAACUUGAAAAUUCAAAACAGGGCCUCAUCUAGUGCUACCGGAAAUAAUGUAUUUCGCAAGAAACUACAACACGAAAAAGAAACAUCAGCAAAAAGAAUUGCAGAGUUGGAGGCGGAAGUGAAUGAACUCAACAACAAGCUCAAUGAUAAGAAAGACGAUUCUUUUAUUUCGGGAUAUUCCAGACACAUUGCUAGUUCUGUGAAGCCCUUCAAAAAAAGAAAAACCAAGUGAUUUGGUGCAUUUUUUUGUAACAAGCUCUUAGUAGAUAGGAGUGACAAAAAGCUGUUGUUAGACUAUCAUAUUGAUUUCGUAACUUGUAAACCCAUGUAAACUCUUUCCUUGGAAACAGUGAAGACAUACCAUAUCUUGACAAAGCAACAGGACAAGCAAAUGCGUAAUUUCAUUUUCCAACACCACCAACAGUCACAUGCGAGAAUGCAGACACUCCUACUACCAUAACCUAUGAUUUAUUCCUCUCAGUAACAUUUGUCAUAAAUCCAUAAUGACGUCUAUUUAUUUUUCCGCAUGCUGAACUGUUUUCUCUUCAAAAAGUCUUUCUCAGCAUUCAUUUGCUUCCUCAGUUGCCAGCGCAAAUAAUGGGUCACUUGGGGCUGACCUAACAAAGUUUGCGACAUAUAUGAUGCUUGGAUCCCUACUUUUUUAGACUCGUGUAUUAUCUGACUAGGCAGGUUUAGCAAACAUACAAUAAAAACAUACAUUCCUUG